AAUGUCAAACCAAGUAUGUAUUUUCAGCACUAAUCGUUUUGAAACAUUUUGAUUCAUAAAGAAUAUUGGUUUGGUACACACAACUUAAUGCAAAUACGUUACUUCGCUUCGAGAAGUGUUCUCUGACGUAAAAUAAGUACAUAACAGUGAUCAAAAGUUUCUGGUCUUGUACUAUUAUCGCAAUGUUAAAGCCAAAGGCGUUGACUCAGGUCCUAAGCCAAGCAAACACGGGAGGAGUAGAAAACACAUUGUUGCUAAACCAUCAAGGAGCUCUUUUGGCAUAUUCUGGGUACAAUGACAAAGAUGCCAGAGUUACUGCUGCCAUUGCGAGUAACGUGUGGUCUGCGUAUGAAAAGAACGGCAAAAAUGUUUUCAAAGAAGACAAAUUGCAUUUAAUAUUGGUAGAUUGUAAUAAUGGAAAAAUUGCAAUUACUCAAGUAGCUAAUUUACUGCUGUGCUUAUAUGCCAAAGAAUCUGUGGGAUUCGGAAUAUUGAAAGAGAAGAUUAAUGCUAUAGCGCAGUAUUUAGAGGGGCCUUUGAAACAAGUUGCUAACUCAUAAUAUCUUGACAUCUUUAGUCUUAAGUGUUUAUCUAUUACAAUUUUAUACAUAUACCUAUAUCAAAAAUAAAAAUGCGAGUAUCUUGACA